CAGAUUGCUUUACAUUUAUGUGUGCUUUAAGGAUAUAUAAUUAAGAGAACAUAAACAUAAUCAAAAACUGAAUAUCACUGUAUUGCUGUAUUUUUUACAUCUCUUGUUUUGUACAGGCUGCAAGGGUGGCAAUUUUUUUGCGUGUCAGUAAAGCUUUUAUUUUGACAAUGCUUUACUAGCAGCUUCCUGUCACUGUCUCUGACUUGACCGCGCAGUUCUGAGCCGCAACAUCAAUAGCUGCCUUCAGCAUAGUAGUGCUGCUGCUGCUGCUGGAUCCUCUGGGGAGCGGACAGAAAGCUACGGCCGUGUUUGUGUCAGCGUGCCGUCAGAAUAAGCAUCUUGCUGGCUCUCAUUUAUCCCUUCUCGAUUUAUUUAAAGGGAAAUUACAGACCCAGGAAGAAGGUGACAUGCCCUUCACUGCUUGGCGCAGUCAGUGCGUUGAUCGCUGUCAGACUUGGCCGAGGUAAAGACCGGAAUUGUGAAUUUAAAUUGUUCUUUUAAACGCUAAGGAAUCUCGGCCCGGUGUUUCAUCUGUGUCUUAGAUUAUUUCCCGCGGAGAAUAACGACAUUACAUGCCCGAUCGCAGAGCCGAAGCGACAGGGAAAUGCAGCGCAGCGGGUGUUUGGCUGCAGGUGGAUGGCCAACCUGACGGUCCCAGCCGCCGCUUCCCUCCCGUUCUGCCGCCGCUGCUGCAGCAGCAGGUCUGGCGUCAUCCGGCGCUGUUAAAAACAAAGUGAAGACAGAGAGAUCAGACGAAUAAACUCGAGCCAUGCUUCCAGGGGUCGGUGUGUUCGGCACCAGCCUGACCACCAGGGUGAUCAUCCCGCUGCUGAAGAAUGAAGGCUUCGCCGUCAAAGCGCUGUGGGGCCGGACGCAAGAGGAGGCGGAGGAGCUGGCCAAGGAGAUGAACGUACCGUUUUACACCAACCGGAUCGACGACGUGCUGCUGCAUCAGGAUGUGGAUCUGGUCUGCAUCAACCUGCCUCCGCCUCUGACGCGGCAGAUCGCAGUCAAAACACUGGGUAUUGGAAAGAAUGUCAUCUGCGACCGUACAGCAACGCCUCUGGAUGCCUUCCGAAUGAUGUCAGCGGCCCAGUACUACCCCAAGUUGCUGAGCAUUAUGGGAAAUGUGUUACGUUUCUUGCCCGCCUUUGUUCGAAUGAAGGAGCUGUUAGAAGAGGGGUAUGUCGGGGAGCUUCUGGUCUGUGAGGCCCAGGUCCACAGCGGUAGUCUCCUGGGGAAGAAAUACAACUGGAGCUGUGAUGACCUGAUGGGAGGCGGUGGUCUGCAUUCGGUGGGCAGUUACAUCAUCGACUUGCUCACGUUUCUGACCGGUCAGCGCGCAUCAAAGGUCCACGGCUUCCUCAAGACCUUCGUCAAACAAACGGAUCACAUCCGGGGCAUCCGUCAAAUCACCAGCGACGACUUCUGCACGUUCCAAAUGGCACUGGAGGGGGGCGCCUGCUGCACCGUCACGCUCAACUUCAACGUACCCGGAGAGUUUCGGCAGGAGGUGAUCGUCGUGGGUACGGUUGGAAGGUUAACGGUCACGGGAACCGACCUGUACGGACAGAAGAACAGCGGGGGAGGAGUAGACGGUGGUGGUCCUGAACUCCUGCUCAAAGACAAUACGCCUCUUGAGAAUGCUUCCUUACCGGAGAAGGCCUUCAUUGAUAUUCCGUCGCCGUAUCUCACCGGAACAAUCCGCAUGAUCCAGGCUGUGCGGGAGGCCUUUCAGGACCAGGAUGACAGGCGGACAUGGGACGGGAGGCCUCUGACGAUGGCCGCUACAUUUGAGGAUUGUCUUUAUGCUCUUUGCGUGGUGGAUACCAUCAAGAAAUCCAACCAGUGUGGAGAGUGGCAGAACAUUGUGGUGAUGACAGAGGAACCAGAGAUUAGCCCAGCCUAUUUGAUAAGCGAGGCCAUGCGACGGAGUAGGAUGUCACUCUACUGUUAGCAUUCGGCUUAUGGGCUGACCCCUUUAUAAGGGCUGAACGCCUGUGUUAACCUUAGCUGGAGGUGGCACCGAAAAAGGCCUAAGUGUUGUUGGAACUUUAUUCAUAAAUCUUCCAAGUUCAGUUCUUAAAAUCACCCGUUCAUUUUAAUACUGUCAAUUCUGUAUUGCUACUGUUACAGGCAGAGAGGUUACACCGAUAUGAUACAGAGAGUUAUGGUUUCCUGAUACCUUAUCUUGGCAGUAAAAGAAAAGCAAUGUAAUCAAUAAUCAAACCUUUAUUUAUAAGGAAGCCUUUUCUGUUUUCCCUUUUGACAGAAGACUUGAGUCCUUCCGGAGAGACGUACUUGUAAAUCAAACACAUACAUACAACAAAAAGAUAUAGCUUGACAUUGGAGGCAGAUCAGGGAGUGAAACAAAUGCUACUGUGUUCCGCUUGACCAUAAGGGUAGUGCGCCUCUCAUCCCUGCUUCUCUUCUAUAUGACUGGGAAGACAACACCUUACACUGUGGGUCCAAAAGGUGGACAGCCAAGGAAGAACGAUUGUCCUCUCAGUUAAAACUGUGUUGCUGUAUUGUUGCUUUAGUCUGAAGUACUUGCUAGUUUUACCAAGUGAAUGUUUUAAAAAUAAUAAUCAGUGUGCUUGAUAGCCUCAGUCUGCUUUGUAUGCUUCGUCUGUGCGUGUGAAAACAGGAGUGAAAAGAAAUCAAUAGUUUGGCUGGCUGGUUUUUCAGAGGGGGUUUACCUUCUGGUUUAUGUAUGCAAUAUAUCCAGGCUGUAGUCUGCAGCAGAAACACUUAAUCUUCCACAGAGAGUAAAGGGAUAAAAUACACUAUGGUAUGCCUUUAUGCAGUUACAGUAGCCUGUGUAUCAGUUUGCGAGUCCUGUAUGAGUGGCCAGUGCAGUGACACUUGAUGUUCUUCUUAUUUAUUUCAUGCGUUUUCUAUUGUGAUUAAGCAUGGCCAUGAAAUACACUGAAUUCUGUGUGGUGUGUGCAUAUCUAUACUGAGCCUUAAGUGUGCAUAUUAAUACAGUCUUGCACUAAUUUGCGAGUAAAUGCUGAGCAAUAUGGAGGGGUUUAUCCCAAUAUUGCAGUGUUUUGGGUCACACUUGCAUAAAGCUACCGAGAUUUAGCAUUAAGCAGCUUCUUUAGCAUGUGCACAGUGAAAUGCAGGUUUGUCAGUAUGCAUCAUGCAUCAGUAUGCAAGUUUGGAUCCACACCUACAGUAAGACUGGAAACAUUUCUUUCAGUUUCUGUUAGAGGUGUUAAUGUAAAGGCUGGUGUUACUCUAUGUUCCCAUGAACAUGUUCCCCUGUGGUUCUGCGCCCCAAGCCCUUUGAUUCUUAUUGAAGAUUUAAACAGAUGACUAUGUUUAUUUUCUAAGGUGUCACUCGUAGUAAUGACCCCCAGUGACUCUUCAGUUCCCCUCAACUCUAAGUAGCGUUUCUGCAUAUUUCAGCUCAAUGUUUUGUUUUUUAUGGCCCACAACUGCUGCUUUGGUUCACUCUCACUGCUCUCAUCAACCUUGUUUUGAGCACCAAAAGGUCUGAUACACCCGCAGUACACUACUUUACAGCACAAUAGACAGUCACAAAUAUAUAAUAUCAUUUUAAAAAAGACAGCUGGGCAUUUUUAGCUCAUGUUACCCACACAGGAGUGAUUUGAGCAUUUCUUGGGGACUUUUUUAAGAUUUUGAGAAAAUACACAUUUGGUUCCCUAGUAAGAAACUAUAGAAUAUAUUAGUAAAGAGACCCGAAGAAGAAGAGCUAGAAUUAGAAUGAAAGGAGGGAUUUGACACAAGUGUCACAGUUUUUUAAUCAAAUUGUGAUUUCAAUUCAAAGGGAUGUUCAAUGAAAUGUUGUGAUGCAUACAAAAUCCCACCUGACACUCAGUGUUUAGAUCAUUUUUGCCACUAAUAUAUCCGUGGCAGAAAAUCUACUUGUUGUGUUUUACUACACGUCAGUCACAGGAGAAAGCUAAAACAAACCAUGAGAAAGUAUUCGCAAAUCCAGUUUGAGGAAGAACAGCACCGACCUACAAGCCAAAACAUUGAUUUUGUUUUUAUGCAUCUCUGUUCCCCCGUGUGGUUUCAAGUUCUUAAACACUGCUAAAAUAAUAUGUUUGUAACGACUACUGAAAAUGUACAUAUGAAAAUAUUAUAAAGUAACAAUAUGCGUUUGUCUAAAGAAAUAAACACGUACUGUAUGUAUUUUAUUUGUAAAAACCAAGGAACUGGAAGAUGUUUCGAUGAGUGUUAAGGUAUUUAUUCUUUGUUUUUGCUGUUGAAGAUUUGUGGACUGACCUGCGGUGUAUUUGGGAUAAUAACAGCAGACUGAGGCCUUGGAUCAUUCAGCUUCUUAUCCCCAUCUAUAAACUAUUGACCAAAAUACUCUUUUUUGAACACUGUUAUAAAAAGCUUUAGGUUUGCUCUUAAGAUGCAUCAUAAAUCAUCGCAGCCGUAAUCAAACAUAACUACACUGUGACAGUGAUAUGGUAUCUAACGGUAAUGACCCCUGUUAUUGUUUACCGUGUUGAUCGAAUGUGUCACAUCAUGGUUUGCUGAGGUCAGGACACAUUACAACUCAUGCUGGGGUGCGCAAAGCCGCACAUUUCUUUGUAAACACUUACUGAAGUUACACAUUUAAGGAAAAGAACCUAGUAAGCUCUGAGUCCAACACUGAUAAGCUAUCACUCUUUGAGAUAACUCAAGUUAUAUUAUUGCAAACUAAGCGCCUUAUAAAAUCUGCAUGUAGACUUUCCCCCUUUGUCUGAUAACAGUUUUCAAAAUAUUAAUGAUUUAAACCUUGACACUCCAAUUCCCUCUUAUUAUUUAAUCAUGAUUGUUUUCUCUCUGUUGUUUUAUGAUAAGCAGUAUGAUCUACCUAAAGAUGUCUGAAUUAAUGUCAUGAUUUUAACUUGAAUUAAUGUCUAAGCAACCUCAUUCAGAGGGCACUAUGCAGACGCUGGAUAGAAAGGCACUGUAUGUAGAAAAAAGAAAGAAGAAUUGAUCCAGGAUCCAAAUCACAGUUCCUAGAUGUGAUCAUCACAUGGUUGUUUUCUUUCCCGCAUCAGGCCCGUAAACAUAUUUCAUUACUGUGUGAUUUAUGGCUCUGUGCUGGAAUAGCCUCGGCUGAUGUCUUAGUCUGAUUUGGAUGUAAGUUAUCUCCCACUGGUUAACUGAUCGAUGUGUACAGGGAAUCUUAGGUCAAAGGCCGGAGUUGACAAGCAGAUAGUUAGAUGGUUGUGUCAUGAUUCCCCCUUUAACCCUAGGAAUGGUUUAGUCCAUUGGUAAUCAUAGCCUUUAGGGUUACCGGGUUACACAUAACAAUGGAAGGUUAGGUGUUUCUGGCAGUGUCACCACUAGGAUCCAUUUUAUGGCAUAGCUAUUAGUAUUUAUUAGUAAUACUUCUUAUGCAGGUACUCAUUUCUAAAUACAUUCCUAAAGGUUUCCUGGAAAGCUUUAUGUAAUUUGGUCCUUAUUACAGUUAAAACACAGACUGUUAUUUCAGUAAAUUCAAUUUGCUGGGUUUAUUAUUGGUUUCCAGAAUUUCCAGAUUGUUAAUCAUUCACUUGAAAAUGUAAUCUUCAUAUAAUUGUAUGUUUGUCUGUAGACCCAUUUUACAUGCUUGCAUGGUCAUGGUCGCUUAGAAUUUGGAGUAUAAGUGUACCGCUUUCCCUAUAAUUAGUAGAAAAUCAUUCAGUUAUUUCUAGGAAACAGUUGGAAAUAAUAGGAAUUUACCUACCUAUGAAAUAAAGUGUUACCUUUUGAUUAUAUUUGAAAACUUAAAUAGAAAACCUAAAUAGAGAUGCAGCCAUGACACAAGUCCCUGUUCAGAAUACUUGAUGCACCAGUUUUAUUUUUUUAAAUGUUGCAGGGUAAAUGCAGAAGAGUAUGUUUGAUGGUCUCAAAUGGUUUUCCCAGUGAUAAAACUGUUCUUGUUAUCUCCUAAUCCACCAUCUGUGUUUGGCCCUUGGCGACAUGGUUUACAGUGUUUCAUUACCCAGACCUGCGCAGGUUUUGGUGUCUGUGUGCAAGGAUCCUCUCACAAUAGACCCAGUAUGUUUAAAUCAGCUUUGGUCUCAUGCUAAAUUAAAAUAACUGUAUUUAGCCUCACAUGGGUGAAAAGAUCAACAGGGACUCAUAACAUUAGCUUAACUAGACCAGAAUUAUUUCAAGUGUCAGAAAUGUGGAUUUACUCUCAGUUUGUGUAAUUAUGCUUGCUGGAGGUUUAUCCACGUCCAUACAGACCCAUUCUCCUCCUUGGAGAUGCAAUUAAACUGCUCAACAGACACAUCCUCAGCCAGCUACCCAUGUAGUGUGAUAAAUGUGUUGUCAGCAUCUGCUUCAAAUUAGGAUCAUCACAAGAGCUUUUCAUUUCAGCAGACACCUGGCAGAAUAUUUAAACACAAAAAGUGCAGGAAUUUAAUUUACCCUUUCCUUGGUGUCAUUAUGACGCUGACAAUGAUAGUGAUGCAAUAUUCUCACAUCACAACCUUUAAUAUGUAUAACCCUUUACUGCUUAUUUGUGAACCAACCCCAGCUAUGCAUAGAUUCAGACAUUCAACGCUGCAUGGAGGUGCAAUGGGCAGCAGUCUGAAACAAGGCAAGGCAGGAUUCUGAAGCGUUGAAUAUUUAAUGAGCGGAAAUUCCAAUUAGCUGAUACAGUACAGUAUGAGGAUUUCAUACAUUUUAAAUUCAUACUUUGACUGUUUUUCUUCUGUUUUCCUUUAAAUGUUGAAUCAUGUUCAGACAUCAAAUUGUUGUUGAUAUUAUGCUGUAUGCAAAAGAGAACAGUUGACAGUGAUGCUCAUGUUUCCCAUAAUACAAAUGUCGUGCUUUAUGGACUCAGUUUUUUUUAAACUAUUGCUGCUUGUGGCCUGUUAAGGAUGAAGCGGCUAUAGAAAAAGACAUUGCAGAAAAGGAAAAAGAACCCCAACUUUGCACUCGGACUGCCUUGUCAGUCAGUCUUGGAUAUGAAUUGCCUGUUCUUGCUUUGCCAGCAUUCACAAACUGUUCAGGAAAGGCUUCCCCUUACUGAGGGAGAGAAGGGUGGAGGAGGUGGGAUGGGCUGAAAAUUGUUCAUUUUGGAGACGAACAUCCUCAAAGAGGCGCUUCUUCUGCCCUUGGAGACCGUUACUUAGCAACGUUGCCAAAACUAGGCGCUGUAUUUUUCCCCUCACACAGUAACACACUACCCUCACUCCUCUAUGUCUACACCCCUCUUUCUUUCACACAUUCUUCCUCCAUUUCUUCCCCUCUUUCUCUGACUGACUGGUUAAAGGGUGAACUCUUAACAUGGUUUACAAUCAGUGUUGAGAAAAGGUAACGGUUUACAAACCGCUGUUCAUUGACUGGCGUUUCACGUUUCUCACGGGGUUGUAACCCUCGUGAUCAGUUUUUCUCUCUAUCUCUCUCUCACUCUUUUUCUUUCUAUUGUGAGUCAGGUUGAAGCCUGGAGGAAAAGCUCACUGGUGCUUCCUCAGACCUUCCCCCAAAAAAACAUUUACUCUCCUCUUCACAUACUAGCCAGGACAGGAGUAACCAAGGCAACGCCUUUAAUAAAAACUAAUAAUACAGGUUGUGGAUGCCUUUCCUCAGCUGGUUUAUGAAUGAUGACUCCUGCCAUGUCCUGCUGUACCCUCAAAAUGUAUAUCCAUCUUGAUACUGUAUUGUGCGACUAUAUCCAAUAUUUAUUGUUAUGUAUGUAUAUUGUGGACGCAUGGACCUCUGUACAUACUGCAAUUUGAACUCUCAAACGCAUAUUUAUGGGUCUUAAUCUAGAGAAUGUACUUACUGUAGGAAUUAUUUAUAUUUUCUAUUUGUUAAGGACAAUACGCCAUUGUUAGGAGGUCUCUCUGUGUCACAGAAAUCCCUCUGAGUUCUCUGCGUGCUGUAAAGUGUGACGGUGCACUCCUGUUAAAUCACCCCCCCCCCCUCUUUCUUUUUUGAUUUACUAUGUGACUCCUGCCUCAGUGUUUUACUGUCUCAUCUCCCUGCACCGGUGUUCGACAUUGAUUGAAUGUAUGUGGAUGAGGAUGUGUGUGUGUUUCUCCAACACGGUUUACGGCUUCAGAACUUGUCUAAUGCUGCAGUUUCUAUGGAAUAAAAAAAUAUGUACAUCCAUAA